CCCACCCCCAUCUUUUCCACCCUCCAUUCCCCUUCCAUUCCCCCUCCACUUAACCCCCACACACCAACCCCCGCUCUACACUCUCAACCAUGCCCCGCUCCUCCCCGCUCUUGCAGCAAUUGCGCACCUUUGCCACUUCCCUCAGACCAAUCCCCAGCAAGAGAUUACAUCACGUCCUUCCUCGGCCUGCCGUCGUAUCUGAAAUGGGUCUGCGGUUUGGGGGCAAGAGGGGAAUAUCAUCCACUCCUCCGCGAUAUCACGGCGACCUCGUCCGGCCUGAGCCUGGUACCGGCAUCAAGCUGAUAUUCCGAGACUCGAACGGCGCCGAUAUCAAAACCGUCGAAGGCAACGAAGGCGACGACAUCCUCUCCCUGGCGCACGAAUACGAUGUCGACCUCGAAGGCGCAUGCGAAGGCUCCGUCGCCUGCUCAACAUGCCACGUCAUAAUAGACCCCGCCAGUUUCGACCUCUUGCCCGAGGCGGAUGAUGAGGAGAAUGAUAUGCUGGAUUUGGCCUUUGGUCUUGAAGAUACAUCUCGACUCGGCUGCCAAUGCAGACUCACAAAAGAACUAGACGGCAUGGUCGCGACCUUACCGUCCGCUACGAGGAACAUGUAUGUCGAUGGAGCUAAAGCCCGAACCCAUUAAUCCCGCCCCUAUCUUCUUUGGCCCCUCCCGCCCCCACCCCCAAAACACAAAAAGGCCCCGCCAGAACCCCAUCAAUCAAUACCCCUCAUUCGCUGUCCUUAUCUCGGUUUUCUUUAGUAGCAUUCGGCUGGAUGUAUAUCAAUGAUUAUGUUUUUACGAUUGGCGUUACAGGAAUUGCGUGUCGUGAAGAGCGGCCAGGAGGUGCAAGGAAUACAGAGAGGUGCAAGGGCUACAGAGAGGUGCGAGGAAUGUAGAGAGAUUGUGUACACGUCGAGACGUUUGGAGCGAGAAGAGUAGUGCAGGGUUAUCUUUGCAAGACCCCCAUUCUUGCAAACUUGUAUCUUUCCAACCACAUAUCAAUCUUUUUGUCAGACACUUACACGUCUCUCUCGACAUGAUACGUACUUGAGCAAUGACAUCCCACUCUGUGCUGCUCCCACUCCUUCCGAAUGAAGCAUACAGUCGAAAAGUCUUCUACAUAGGUCUGCCAUCUGCCGUCCGUCAUAAAGUCAGAUAGAAAAAAUGAAACCAAAACACAAAAGCAUAAUUCUCAUCCCCCAUCCCAACUCAACCCCCAAGCCAAGGUCGCUCACCGUCUCCCCGAC